UCCUCCUACUCAUUGGGGUCCAUGUCAGCAGCAACAUCUUUGAACUCUAGUUUGGGAAGAACAUGCAUUGUGGGGCAGAGAAAGAGGCGGAGAGAGUUGCUCAACGUCAUGUACAGUACGGCGAAAGUAUGCCAGUUUGAACAAUAGGUGUAGUUAGCUUACAUGCGCGUGAGUCACUGCGACUCCGAGGCAACUUGUAUUGUAAGUUAGCCUACGUUGCGGGAAACCUUUGGGACAUCCGACUCAGGAAGCUACUCUUCUGACAUAAAGUAUACGUUUGUAAGCUAGUUUGUCGCGCGGAUCUAGAGACUGGUUAAACAUACCCAUGCAGCUGCCUAGUUAGCUAGUCGUGUGUUUAGGAUACGAAUACGAUUUGUAUCUAAGCAGCUUGUCUUUGAACACCGACUAAUGUUCACGCGCGGAUCUAAAAAGCGUCGAUCGAAUCGUUCGGUGGAGGAUGAGGAUGCGGACCGAGGCCAGCCCUGCAGCCGCUGUGGAGACCAGUGCCCCGGGUUCCGCAUGCAUGGCUGGAGGAAGAUCUGUGUGCACUGUAAGUGCGUGCGCGAGGACCAUGUGAUGCGGUCCGUGCCCGGCCAGCUGGAGAGGAUGAUGAUGAAGCUGGUGUCCGACUUCCAGAGGCACUCCAUCUCCGACGACGACUCCGGCUGUGCCUCGGAGGAGUACGCCUGGGUCCCGCCCGGACUCAAACCCGAGCAGGUGUAUCAGUACUUCAGCUGUAUUCCGGAGGACAAGGUGCCUUAUGUGAACAGCCCUGGAGAGAGACACCGCAUCAAACAGCUCCUGCACCAGCUACCAGCGCACGACAGCGAGCCGCAGUACUGUAACUCCCUGGAUGAGGAGGAGAAGAGGGAGCUCAGGCUGUUCAGCCAGCAGAGGAAGAGGGAGAACCUGGGGAGGGGAGCUGUGAGGCUGUUUCCCGUCACCAUGACCGGAGCCAUCUGCCAACAGUGCGGCAGGCACAUCCGGGGGGGCGACAUCGCCGUGUUCGCCAGCCGGGCGGGGCACGGGACCUGCUGGCACCCCCAGUGCUUCCUGUGCGCCACCUGCAACGAGCUGCUGGUGGACCUCAUCUACUUCUACCAGGACGGCAAGAUCUACUGCGGCCGCCACCACGCAGAGAGGCUGAAACCCCGCUGUCAGGCCUGCGACGAGAUCAUCCUGGCGGACGAGUGCACGGAGGCGGAGGGCAGGCACUGGCACAUGAAGCACUUCUGCUGCUUCGAGUGCGAGGCGGCGCUGGGGGGGCAGCGCUACAUCAUGCGCGAGAGCCGGCCCUUCUGCUGCUCCUGCUACGAGUCGCUGUACGCAGAGUACUGCGACACCUGCGGAGAGCACAUCGGGAUCGACCAGGGGCAGAUGACGUACGAGGGGCAGCACUGGCACGCGCUGGAGUCCUGCUUCUGCUGCGCCCGCUGCCACCUGCCCCUGCUGGGGCGACCAUUCCUGCCCCGGGGGGGCCUCAUCUUCUGCUCCCGCCCCUGCUCGCUGGGGGAGGACCCCGAAAACUCCGACUCCUGCGACUCGGCCUUCCAGGGCGGCGGCGGUGGCGGGGGCGGCGGGGGGGGGGACGCGUCCCGUGCCAAACAGCUGACCCGCCGGGCGCGGGGGUCCCAGGACCUGCCGGUGGACGUGGGGAACAGCUGCAGCAGCCUGGAGAUGGAGAGCGCUGAUCUUUCAAGCUCUGUGCUACCACCACCACCUGUACAAAAUGGCGUCACUCUCCAAAAUGGACUCCCCAAAAGCUCCCCCGCCCCUGUCCCACACAUCCACAUAACCAACGGUUGGAACUACUUUGGGCCCAUCGACCCAUCGAUUAGCUGCCUGCUGUCUGCCAGUAACAGAGUGGAGCGGCCUGUCUGUAGUUCUGAACUCUCAGGGGACUCAAAUACCCAUCACCACUAUGGCCACUCUCCCCCUCAAAUCACCUCCCGAGGAACCUCUACCGCAAAGGAUUGUGGGAACAGGGAGGACCGAGCGGAAAAGGGUGUAUUAGUGUGCCACUCACCCCUUCACUCCAGACCUGCGCUGGCCAAUCAGCUCUGUCCCGGGGAACCUGGGCCCCGCCCGUCCCCGCCCCAUCCUGCCGAACCCGGUACACGACCCUGUGACCUCCCGUUUCCCCCUCCGCCAAAUCAAACCGAGCUCCGCCCCCCGCCGGAGCUACACCCCCCACCGCCUCCUGCCCAAUCCGGUCGCAGCGGCCCUGCCAGGGUCAGCUUCCGAGAGCCAAUCAGCUGCAGCUACCUGGUGGAGGAAGAGGACGAGGAGGAGGGAGAGGACAGAGAGGACGGAGAGGGAGAGCCAGGGGAGGGAGAGGAGGCGAUGGGAGGUUAUGGAACGAGGUUCGAGAGGCAGGCCUACAGGCCUGGAAUUCCUCCCCAAAUGGACCUUCUGGACGGAUCGUACCAACCACGCGGCUACCGGCGGGGGGGUCGGCUGGCGUCCGAUUCUCCGCUCCACCUGGGCACCGAGCGGCGGUUCCGGCAGGGCCGGUCCGACCGCCCCCGCCUGGACUCCCUGGACUGGCGGGGGGACGGCGACAGGGGAGGGUCGCCCAAUCCCGCGGCCCCGCCCCCGCCCCUCACCCUCUACCCGGGACAGCACAAGCACGAGGACUGCUGCUCCACCUGCUCCUCGUCCUCAGAGUCCGAGGAGGACGGCUACUUCCUGGGCCAGCCCAUCCCGCUGCCCCCCCAGCUGCGCCGCGCCCGGCACGCGGGGGGCGAAGAAGAGAGGGAUGAGGAGAGGGACGGAGGGGGGGAAGGAGGGAGAGAGGGGGGGAUGAGAAACAGCUUCCGGAGGGGGAGGGGGAGGACGCAGAGUUUCAGCGGGAAGGACAAAGAUAAGAACUGCGUGUUGUCUUAAUUCACCGCCGGACUUUCUGCGGCUGUAUCUCCAGCGUGCCCUCCUCUCUGUGCAUCACACGCUGUGAGACGAGAACCAGCAAGAGAACCAGCGCUACACGUCUGACAAAUGCAGCAUCGCAAAUAUCACGCAUCAUGCAACAAAAUACAUAGCUCAUUUUUACAUGACUUUGAGGAAUCCAACGCGGGAUGCUGUUACCGUGCGCUUUCGUUCCCUGAUUAUGAAAGGCCAGUUAAGACACAGUGGACUUGAGUGAGCCUCUGACAGGUCCGCCCCGUUUGGGGGUUUAUGAAGCUCGGCAGUUUAAAUAUUCUAAGCAUUAAAUUUAAUGUAAAAAAAAUAAUAAUUGGCUGGCGUCCAGAUGGUAUCAGUACCAUCCAGAUGCAUGAUGGGAUUAAUGGGCUGAUUACAGACUCAAAUUAAGUCUGUUCCUGAACUAAAAGGCACUUGGAAUGGAGAUUUUCCACACAAAUUGCCUUUUUGUGCAGAAAUAGGUAUAAUGUCAGUCUGUGAACCACUCAUGUUUUUUUAAAAUAUAUUUAUAUGCAUUUACAUGUUUGCAUGUAACGCUUAUGCUGAAUGUUUAUAUUCUAAUCGUUGAUCUAAAAUCAGGCUCCAUUUUAUUUUUUUUGAAACAACUGACUUUUAAUUUCACUGGAGAGCAAUGAUGAAAACAUAUUAAAAGCAGCGAUCCUUGUUUGAAAUGUGCACCUCAUUCAUUUUUUUCCACUGUGAUCACGCAUUGGCAGUGCUUCCAUGUCAGUCAGGUGACUACGACUCGUCCUGUUUAAGCCAAUGAGAAGUUAGGAAACCUCUUCUGCAGUGGAUGACCUGACAGGACAGCUCCUCGAGCUCCUCAGCUUCCCGCCUUCAUGGGAAUUAUGGCUCCUGUGCUUAUUCUUAAGGACACUGUGGUUUCGUAUUUACUGUGUGUACAUUCAUGUUUGAAUUUGGGAACUCGAAAUGACCUCAUUAUUUACUGCGAACCGGAAUUAACGAUGUCGUUUCAUUAAGGUAUUCAGUGUCGGGUUCAAACCAAAAUGCCACACAGGGAUGUGAAAAGUCGAUUUCCGACUGUAUUUUUCCAGUUUCGUACCGUUUUUCUCCGAACAUUUUUUACAGCAUCAGCACAGAGGGGAGGCAUCGAUGCGGCAGUCGCUCGUCUGUCUGUUGGUGUUUUCUGCGUCCCAAGAUUUGCAGCACUGAAAUGAACAGAAUUAACAAUACUGAAGAGAGGAGGAUCUUCACUGUAAUAUAAUAUCUUUAUCUGCAACGCAAGACGAGCACUUUAGAUGCUUAUGCCAUUCAGCGGAGAUGGUCUGAAGAUCCGGGACAAAGCCAAGCAGACAGAAUGAAGAUGCUUUAGUGUUGUGUUUGUAAGCUGUGUAAAAAAAAAAAAAAGUGAAAAUUUGUUACAGAUUUUUUUUAAAACAAAGUUAAAUUAUUUUUAUAUACCCUACGGUUCUAGUUCCUGCUUUUUAAUGAUUUAAGACUGUUAUAAUUUUUGUCAUUCCUGUAUGAACCAGUUUUGCAUUAUCAUAACAUUGACAUUGUAUGUGUUUGUGUGUGUGUGUGUGUGUGUGUGUGUGUGUGUGUGUGUGUGUGUGUGUGUGUGUGUGCACGGACAUGCCCCUGUGUGUUUAUGACAAUUGUAUUAUGUUUAACAGUUACAAUGUGAUUGGCAGUGUACAAUUGAAAUUAGAUUCUUUUUCCGAUGGUUUGUUUUAAUUAGUGUGUUGUCAUGGUUUCUGGCUCUGCAUUGGUCAGAUUCUGUGGCCAGGCCAGUGAGCAGAGUGGUGAAGAGCCAUCAUUAAACUGUUGAUUUAAAGUAGAAUGUGCUUGUUGUAACUGUAGAUGGCGCUCAUGGGUCAUUUAUCUCGAGUAACAUACCGUUCAUAUUAAAAGCGCAUCUGGAGCUGA